AUGGUGCAGGCGGAGGCUCUGAGAGCGCCUGGAGACGGCCCAGGGUCCUCGGUCUCGGUCUCACGGGCUUCGACCGUCCCCGCGAUCGUCACCAGUGACCCCUCGGGUUUGACCACCAACAACAACGAUCACGGUAUCGCAGGCGAGUCCAGUCCCAUCACGCCAGUGAGAUCUGGACUGACCCGAACCUCCCACUCGUUUCCCAUUGGAUCCGCGGCGUCUGAUGUUGCUUCUGGUUCGAGUGGGAAUCAACAAGAUGCGACCAGCGCUGCGAGAAAGCCCUUGCGCCCAGGCCCCCCGCCUUACGGCUCUGGCUCGGGUUCUGGCCUCGUUGGCAGGAAUUCCACAUCAUCACCGACCAUCCUAGAGAGCGCCGACUCCAGCGCGAUUGAUCCGUUGUCACAACACAUCAUCAAGCGCACCAAUACCCAAAAGUCGAUUCCGCUGAAACUAUUGGGGAGAGCGUCCUACGAGGCUGAAGCUGGCGGCUCUGACAGAUACAGCCCUGUCGACCAGGGUCCGAACCGCGGCGACCAGGCACCGCAGAGGCCCCUUGUCAAAGAGAAGAAGAAAGGUGUUUCCUUCCUGAGUCGCAUUCUUCCCGGCAAAAGGAAAGAUCUAUUCUCCGAUGAAGAAGACAAUGUAUCGGAAAUGGGUAAUGCGCGCAAUGAUGCUCCAGUUGCUGCGCAACCGAUAGGCUUCUUUCCUAAGUUUCCACCGCCGCCAAAGUACGCCCGGGUUAGGGCUCAUUACAAGAAAGAGAAGACCUUUAACCGGCUGUUUCAAGCCCAGGAGCUGGAGGGUGCUGAGAUUCCUGCCCUCGUAAACGAAGACGAGCGUCCCGGAACGGGAGAUUCACAAAAAAGCAAAUCUUCUGGGAAAGCCAUUUGGGCCUUGUGCUUUUCGAAAGAUGGCAAGUAUAUUGCGGCCGCUGGUCAAGACCGCAAAGUUCGGGUCUGGCAGGUCAUCACAAACCCUGAAGACCGCGACAAUAGUGAAUCUGAUGGCGAGGAGGAUGAUUUGCCACGGCUAAAAGCGCCGGUCUUCAAGCAGAAGCCGGUUCAGGUGUAUGACAACCACAGCGGGAGCAUUCUUGACUUGAGUUGGAGCAAGAAUAACUUCCUCCUUUCCUCGUCCAUGGACAAAACCCACAGCGAUUUUGUGACGUCAAUUCAAUUCCAUCCCCGCGAUGACCGCUUCUUCCUUGCAGGAUCUUUAGACAUGAAACUUCGACUGUGGAGCAUUCCAGAUAAGAGCGUGGCAUUCAACGUGACGGUCCCGGAUAUGAUUACGUCCGUCUCUUUCACUCCCGACGGAAGACACUCGAUGGCAGGAUGUCUUAAUGGGAUGUUGAACAUAUACGAAACAGAUGGUCUAAAACCAGCUGGGAGCAUCCAUGUUCGCUCGGCACGCGGGCGCAACGCGAAGGGUAGUAAGAUCACUGGUAUCGACUCCAUGGUUUUGCCUCAAGGUGACUCGGAGGGCGCGGUGAAACUUCUAAUCACGAGCAACGACUCGCGCAUCCGCCUUUAUGACUUUCGGGACCGGACUCUGGAAGCCAAGUUUCGCGGCAACGAGAACACAUGCAGCCAAAUUCGGGCUACCUUCAGCGACGAUGGGAAGCAUGUUAUCUGCGGCAGUGAGGACCGCAGGGCAUAUAUUUGGCCGCUGGGCUCGGUCGAGAAAGAUGCCGAUAAACGGGCCUUUGAGGUUCUUGACACCCAAUCGGCGAUGGUAACGGCUGCCAUCAUGGCGCCGGAUUCGACGAAGCAGGUUUUAGGGCUUUCAGAAGAUCCGAUUUACGACCUCUGCAACCCGCCACCGGUAACACUGGAGAGCAACACCAAGAAAGAGAAUGCUCGACAGAAUCGCCUGUCAACGGCCAGCAAGCUGGCCCAAGAGUCGCCCGGAUUCCUUUCACGUUCGACGCAUCCAGGCGGGAAUAUCAUCCUCGCGGCCGACUACUCAGGAAAGAUCAAGGUCUUCCGGCAGGACUGCGCUCAUCAUAAGCGUCGGUAUGAUAGUUGGGAUACACACUCAACGAUCUCACGGCGGCUCCUGCGCCGGUCCAACUCUGCGCGACACAGCAUCGCCUCCUCCAUCGGCAAGGAUUCUUCCCACAAGACGCCAUCGGAACGUAUAAUCUCAUGGCGCAACUCAGUAGUCGGACAUGACAGCACGAACAACAAAGACCGCCAGCCGUCCAGGGCGGGAAGUCCGUCUCCUCAGAAGGCCAUGCGAGGGGCAUCUCGGAAUUCGAGUCCGGGACGCGGUUCAUCUGGCGCACGAGGUGAAUCCCGCUCAGCGUACACCGCGUCUCCGCCACCAUCAGCAUACAAGUCAUCAUUCUCAAGCCCGCGAUCAAGCUUCGCCGAGAAAAGGAAACGCACCGGCGCCGGCUCUAAACCAGAGGACCCUCGCGCGGCGCCUGCGCCCCAGUCAGCAGCCGCAGUAAUCAAAAGGGGAGACGUCAGCGACAAUCCACUCUGGCUACAAGGUGAGCAGAGCUAUGCCUUCUACAACAAAAUCACCCAGGACGCACUCGCUGUUAACCGCAACUCCCCUGGACUCCUGGGUCCAACUCCACGGCCUAGUCCGGAGCGGAAGCUCACUAGGGCUAGCGCACUCAGCAGCGAGUAUGCGUCAUCUAAUGCCUCUGAUGCUGAAAACGACGUCCUAAGGUGUGACAGCUGCUGGGGCACGAAUUUCAAGGCCACCAAGGGUCGGAACGGCAAGCAGCAGUUGAUAUGCGUGCGUUGUUCCCGGCCUAUCUCUUCAAUGGCGGAAUAG